AUGCGGGUGCUGGUCGCCUUGCUGGCCCUCAUCGGCCUGGCCCAUGCCAGCAGCUGCAAGAACUCGCUGUACGUUCGAUGGCCGGGGGUGCGGCUGAACUUCCGGGCCGUCGCUUCCGGGAAGCUAUCGCUAAAGGCAUGCCAAAGCGCUUGCUCAUUGGGGGAAGAUCCAGUGAUGGCAGGCAAAUCCCUCGAAUGUGCCGCGCUCAACCAUCAAACCUCGGUUGACAACUUUAACCACCACUGUGACGUCUUUCAGCCCCACCAACUCCAAAAUGUCGAUGGGUUCGUUGAGGCCGACGAUCGGUAUUCGUUCUACUGGCGGUAUUGUGUGGAUUCCCACAAGCAGUGCGGCAAUGACCACGCCUUCACCUUCAUGUCCGAUCGAUACAUGGAAGCGACAGAGGUAAUCGAAGUGCGACACACAAGCAGCCUGGAGGACUGUCUGGCCGAGUGUUUGAACGAGGAAAAGUUCCCGUGCCGCUCGCUGUCAUUCAACCGAACCGACGGUGGUUGCCACAUGUCGGCCAACAACCAGUUGACCAAGCCGAAAGCCAUCCGCCUAAACAACAACCCCAACUACCGUAUCGACUACUACGAGAACAAUUGCUACAAUUUAACGGACAGCUACAAGUUUGAGUACAAAUGCCAAGACGACGGCGUUCUCGUGACGAUCGACAGCAAGUUCCCGUACACCGGGGCUCUAUAUGGACUCUACGACUUCUUCACCUGUCGUAUCGAGCCGAAGGAACAGACCCGGUUCCAGUACUUCUUCCCCUCGCCCACCAAGAGCAAGCGGUGCAGCGAUAGUAUACGGUAUAAGGGCAACGACAUGGUGCUGGACGUGGUGCUGUCGACGGACGGCGUUGAGCCCCUAUAUUUCAUCACCCCCGACGAUAUGACCUUCCAGGCAAAGUGCCCGAUCGCUCCCUUAACAUCGACGCCGGCUCGAUCGCUUAACCACUAUCCGGAAUACCACUACUUCGACAAGUACACCGCGACCUACCACCACUACAACCACGACCUCGACGAGUACAACUACUACCACGACAGCCAGGUCAACCACUCGAGCAUCUACUGCCACAACGACGACUUCGACAAGUACGACAACGAUCACUACCAAAAAGCCCGCUACAUGUCCGUACGGGGUUGUCAGGUGGAGCCAAUUGAUCCGAGAUAUGACUGGGAGAAGGAGCCUCUUCCGAUCAUCCGCGAUGGAUGCCCCUCAGAUUUGGUUGGACUCGCCUGCCCGCCCGCAUCUACCGAUCACGGCAUGAUGGUUUCCAUCGAAGCAUUCCGCUACCAGACAACUGCCCACGUACAGUACACCUGUCUCGUGAGGGUGUGCCCAUUUGCCGAAUGCCCGCAGACGGAAUGCCCGCAUGUUGAUGGCUGUGAUGUGGGGCCCUUCGCGAAGGGGAGGGCCAAGCGGGGGUUGACCCUGGAUGAUAUUAGGAGGGCACUAGAGGCAGAUCCAAAUCUACAACGACAAAUUGGGCUAUCGUCUAUGCUGGGAAGGACACCGGCCAUUAAUACUGAGCAACAACUUCUGGCCCUCGCCGGCGACCACGUAGUGAAGCGUCGACUGGUCGUCGUCAAUUCGGAGGAUCAGCUACGAUACUACGUCCGGACCGGGCAGAUGCCA